UUUAUGACAUAAUAUUAUUAUAUUAGGCUGCCAAGAUGGCGGCGCUGGGGCAGGAGGCCGGGGCUGACCCGAGGGAAGCAGGUGUGGUGCCAGUGGGAACUGGGGAAGUGCCCAAGGACAUCAAGAUGGCAACAAACACACAUGGUCAGCCCAGUCUUUCUCUAGGAAAUACAAAACUCAAAAGAUCAAUAGUCAUUGAAAUGAUAGAAAAAAAAAUUGAUAAUCUUAGAAAAGAAAAAGUUUUAAAUACACAUGGAACAGUGUUUUUUGGCACAACAGCUGGUUUCUCUGGAAUGUUGGCAAACUUAAUUUUCAGACACUGCUUCAAGGUUAAACGGGAUGUUUUGAAAACGUAUGCAUCAUUGACUACGCUUCCAUUUUUGUCUACUAUAGUUUCUUACAAGCUCCUUGUAACAGAUGCUUUAUAUUCAGGUAAUAUAAGCAAGGAAAAUUGUGUUCUGAGAAGUUCACUGAUUGGCAUAGUGUGUGGUUUUUUGUAUCCCAGUGCUUUGGCUUUUUCUAAAAAUGGACAUCUGGCAGUCAAGUAUCAUACUGUUCCACUGCCACCAAAAGGAAGGGUUUUACUUUAUUGGCUGCUGCUUUGUCAAUCUGAGAUAAAAGCAAUGGUAAUUCCUCUAGUCUUUCAGACCACCUUUGGAAUAUUUAAUGGUCUACAACAUUAUGCAAUAUUUGAAAGUACACUUGAAAAAACUGUGCUUGAAGAUUAACCGAAGAAUGAAUGAAUACAGAAUGGAUUUUUUUUAUGAUGAGGACUCAGAUCUUGAUGAAAGUUAAAAGUAGCUCUAGACAAUUUGUUUUUGUUCCUUUAACAUAGUAUAUAGCAGUUACUCAAUAAAUAGUAAUUAAAUUAAAAAAUAUUAUUAUAUUAAUAGGAAAGUAGUAAGAGCAAAUAUAGUGUUAUUAUAUAAAAGAUAUAAAGGUAAGGAUCGCCAUCAUCGAAAAGACAAAAAACAACAAAUGUUGGCGAGGUUGUGGAGAAAGGGGAACCCUUCUGCACUGCUGGUGGGAAUGUAAAUUAGUUCAACCAUUGUGGAAAGCAGUAUGGAGGUUCCUCAGAAUGCUCAAAAUAAAAAUACCAUUUGACC